GUUUCAGGAAGGAGAGAAGAAAGAGUGAGACAACUCUAGACAUGGUAGGAGGCAUUAUAUGUCCAGCUGGAAGCCUGGCUGUCCCUAGAAAAGCUGGAAGCCUGACUGCCCCUCAAAAGACCUGCUCUUUAGGUGAGCUAGAUAUUGUUUACUGAAGACAAGUGUGAAAACUGGGAACCUCAGUCUCCAUCAUGUGGAACAGCUCAGAUGCCAACUUCUCCUGCUACCAUGAGUCUGUGUUGGGCUAUCGAUACUUUGCAAUUAUCUGGGGCGUGGCAGUGGCUGUGACAGGCACGGUGGGCAAUGUGCUCACUCUGCUGGCCUUGGCCAUUCGUCCCAAGCUCCGAACCCGCUUCAACCUGCUCAUUGCCAACCUCACCCUGGCUGAUCUACUCUACUGCACGCUCCUGCAGCCUUUCUCCGUGGACACAUACCUCCACCUCCAUUGGCGUACCGGCGCGGUCUUCUGUAGAAUAUUUGGACUCCUCCUCUUUACUUCCAAUUCUGUCUCCAUCCUCACCCUCUGUCUCAUUGCUCUAGGACGCUACCUCCUCAUUGCCCACCCUAAGCUCUUUCCCCAGGUUUUCAGUGCCAAGGGGAUCGUGCUGGCACUGGUGGGCAGCUGGGUUGUGGGGGUGACCAGCUUUGCCCCCCUCUGGAAUGUUUUUGUCUUGGUGCCAGUUGUCUGCACCUGCAGCUUUGACCGCAUGCGAGGCCGGCCUUACACCACCAUCCUCAUGGGCAUCUACUUUGUGCUUGGGCUCAGCAGCGUGGGCGUCUUCUACUGCCUCAUCCACCGGCAAGUGAAGCGUGCGGCUCGAGCACUGGACCAAUACGGGCUGCAUCAGGCCAGCAUCCGCUCUCAUCAGGUGGCUGGGACACAAGAAGCCAUGCCUGGCCACUUCCAGGAGCUAGACAGCGGGGUUGCCUCAAGAGGGCCCAGCGAGGGGAUUUCAUCUGAGCCAGUCAGUGCUGCGACCACGCAGACCCUGGAAGGUGAUUCGUCAGAAGCUGGGGGCCAGGGCAUUAGAAAGGCAGCUCAACAGAUCGCAGAGAGAAGCCUUCCAGAAGUGCAUCGCAAGCCCCGGGAAACUGCAGGAGCUCGCAGAGCCACAGAUGCCCCAUCAGAGUUCGGGAAGGUGACCCGUAUGUGCUUCGCAGUGUUCCUCUGCUUCGCCCUCAGCUACAUCCCCUUCCUGUUGCUCAACAUUCUGGACGCCAGGGGCCGUGCUCCACGAGUAGUGCACAUGGUGGCUGCCAACCUCACCUGGCUCAACAGCUGCAUCAACCCUGUGCUCUAUGCAGCCAUGAACCGCCAGUUUCGCCACGCGUAUGGCUCCAUCCUGAAACGCGGGCCACAGAGUUUCCGCCGGUUCCAUUAAAGCUAUUUAAAGCUAGUAGUCCAUUCACCAGGACAGGCCAAACAUCCGGAACCAGAGUGGCCUGCAGAGGACAGGACAGGAGCCCUUCAGUCCUUGGGUAUUUCACAGACAACCUCAGUGGUAUAGAGGUACACCACUUUCCCAUUCAGGAAUCAGUGUGUCAACCCUGUGUGACCCAAGGAGUGUGGUUAAUUAUUAAUAAAGACAUUGCAUCCCCCCCUCACA